AAACUGCCUCCUCCUGCACAGAAAAUGGGCCAGAAGGUCUCACACAAGGACAACCAAGAGAAUGCGGCUGAAACUAUAGCCAUCUGUGAAGUCUUCAGCCAAGGUGUGGUCCAGGCAUCUCAAAGGCUGAAGGACUAUCUUGGGUUUGUGGAUCCUCAGAGCAAAUUCCAGCCAGCCACAAACACACUGAGCGAGAUCUUUUUGGUCAACUUCAUCAGCUUCUGCGUGGAAAAGGGAGUGAAGGAACACAUCGUGACCAGCAAAAUGACCAAGUAGCAGGCCUCCCUGUUUGGGGUAGACUGGAUCUGGACUCUCUCUGGAGCUGACAAGCAAAUCAAACUCCAGCUUGCUGUGCAGGCUUUGCAGCUGGCUGAGCUGCUCCGUGGCGAAGGCGGCCCCGGGGAGGUGGUGGAGGAUGGUUGCUGCUGGGAAGCAGAGCAGCCCUUCCACAACAGGAGCAGGUUUGAGAAGCUGGCAGAGUUCUGCCGCCUGGUGGGACAAGACUGCCUGGGCUUGUUCAUCCUGUUCGGUGUGCCAGGGAAGCCCAUGGACAUCCGAGGAGUCAUGCUAGACAGCCUUGCCAAGGAGAAGCAAAAAUGCUGCCUGCCGGACAGGAGCGCGCUGUGGCAAUUUGUCACCAGCACUGACAGCUUCCUGCCUGCAAGGGACAUGUUGGAACACUGCCUCAGUGCAAGAGAUGGACCGAAGGAGGUGGGCAAUGUGUACAUCAACUUUUUGUAA